GCCUCUGUCAAUCAGACUGUUGUAGUUAAAUCUCCCUCCACUAUUGAGGUGAAACACUCCAAAAACAAGCCUGUUGCCUCUGUCAAUCAGACUGUUGUAGUUAAAUCUCCCUCCACUGUUGAGGUGAAACACUCCAAAGACAAACCUGUAGCCUCUGUCAAUCAGACUGUUGUAGUUAAAUCUCCCUCCACUGUUGAAGUGAAAAACCCCAAAGACAAGCCGGCUGCUAAUGCAAUUCACACUCCUCUGUCAACACCAGCAAAGGCUGCAGCAGCAUCAGCAAGUGGCACUGCAGCUGAAAAAGUAACGGUCACAGCUUCUGCUAAUCGGCCCACUGUAACCAAGGCUCCCAUCAACACCAACACCACCAAAGAAAAGCUUGCCCCUUCACAACCCCUGAAGGUGGUGAUCAGUGAUGGCUGUGACUCAAACAAAGCCAAUGAGCGGGAGCUGAAGGUGAAGCCUGGCACACCUCUGGUGAUGACGCAUAAGAUAAGCUUGAUGCCUGGUGGGUGCGAUGGGCGAUGUGAAACUGAGUUGGCUGCACUGAUUGGACGAGUGGCCCGACUGGAAAAAGAGAUGUCCCAGCUGAAAGAUAAUUGUCCAUGUUCUGCAAAUUGUCCAAAUGACUGUAGCGGAAAUGGGGAAUGUGAGAAGGGUAAAUGUAUCUGUCAUCAGGGGUUCGUGGGUCCAAACUGCAGUAAGUGUGCCCAAGGAAUCGAAUGUAACAAAAAAACUACCAAAGGUAAAGCCAAGGAAACAGUUGAGGCAGUGACCCUACAGAAAAUGGACCAGAAGAAAGAAACUGAAGCUAAAGAGUCUGACGGCAAACUGAAAGUGACCACUAUUGCUAAACUAGCUCCUGUUAGAACACAAGCACAACAAGAAGUUUCUGUCAAGAAAAUAACAACAAAAGGUUCCCCAAGUGUUACCAAGACCAGUCGCCCAACGGUUGCUCAAGUUCUCCUGAAACAUGAGGGAAGAAAGCAAGAAGAGGCCCGCAAAGGCAAAAUAGUCCUGGCCUCUAAAAAGGUUCUCCAAAAAACUGACCUCAAAAUUGUUAAGGUAGGAACUGCCAGUAAAAUGUACCGUAAACCUGACCAACUUAAAGAUGAGCCUCAAACCAAUGUAACUCAGGCCAAGGUCAAUAAAUUUAAUGUCACAGCUAAAAUUGUGACCAUUUUGUCCAAGAGCAUGGGAACAAACAAAACCAGAGCAGGGAAGGAGACCCUGGAACAGUCCACACUGGCUGAUAAGAAUGCAACUCAGUCAUCUGGACCUAAACAAAUCAAGAUAAUUAAAUUAGAGAAUACAAAUGUGCAAUCUAGUGUCAACAGAAACAAUGAAGCUGCAAUGGAGAAAGUUACACAGAGGAGUCAGUAUGUAGUGAAUGCAACCAUUGCUGCAACGACAGAUGAGGCCCGAGCUCUGCUAAACAAAACAGGUAUUCAUGGCCCUGGGAUGAGCAGGAGGGUAGGUGGAUCUGGAUUAGGGUCUGUGAAGAUUGUGAACAUCUCUUCCUCCAGUUUUACCCUCACAUGGUUAGCACCACAAAGGAUGUUCAAAAAUUUCUCUGUGAUCAGAAGAGAGCCUCGCACAGAGGGCGAUGAAGAUGACCAUGAGGACUUUGAAGAGGAACCUCUUGGAUUAGACAAGGCCUCUGUAGCUAAGAACCCAGCUGAGGUCCAGGUACAGACUGAUAGCCCAGAAAUAGCUAUUUCCUCUGGUAAAAUUACUGGAUCAAGAGGUAAAACUGAAACCAAGAGGAUCUCCAUGGUGGUUCCUGGCAAUGUACGCUUGGUGGAAUUCAGUAACCUCCGGGCUAACACGCGCUAUUCCCUGUACAUAUAUGGUACCAGUGCUGAGAGACAAUCAAAGAUGCACAGAGUUGUUGCAGUUACUGGUCCUGAGCCAGCCACAAAGAUGGUUUUCAGCAAUGUAACUGAGUCUUCUGUCACUGUGGCCUGGACCAAACCAAAGACCACAUUCACAGGCUUCAGGGUCACCUAUACCAACAUUAUCACAGGGGAGAGCCGUUUUGUUGUCAUGGACUAUCAGCAGUCUUAUAUAGUCUUGUCCAAGCUGUCUGCUGGAUCCUCCUACAUUAUUUCUAUAAAUACUACACAAGGCAGAGGCCAGAGUGAUGCCCUCAUGUCCAUAAUCACCACAGUGCCUGCCCCUCCAACACAUCUACAAGUUGCCAAUGUGACAGACACCAAAGCUGUGCUGCAGUGGACACCCAGUCUGGGGAAAGUAGACCGCUUCAUUAUCAGCUAUGAGUCCUCCAAGACUCCUAAUGUGACAGUGACAGUGAUGCUGUCUGGUAACUCAGUAGAGCACCAGCUGAAAGGUCUGCAAAGAGGCACCUUGUACAGAGUCAAAGUACUGAGCCAGAAGGACAGUCUCCAGAGCAUGGCCAUCUCAACUACCUUUACCACAGCUAAUGUGGUUAAAGCCAGCGAGGUGGGCGCUCGCUCUGCAGUGAUAACUUGGAAAAAUGUUGCCGUUGUCUAUCACAGCUACAGAGUGAUUUAUCAGAUGGCAGGGGGAGAGACAAGGGAAGUGAUCCUGGACUCAACGGUCACUGAGUAUAAGUUGACGGGGCUGUUGUCCAUGUCACGCUAUAAAGUUCUGGUACAAGGCGAGAGAGAUGGACACUACACAUCUCUUGUGACAACAGAAUUCAUCACAGGAAAACUUCGAUUCCCUUUCCCAACUGAAUGCUCUCAGGAGCUGCUGAAUGGUGCUCUGCAGUCUGGGGAAGUGGACAUUUACCCACAAGGAAAAGAAGGACAAGCUGUCAGAGUCUACUGUGACAUGGAGACUGACGGAGGUGGCUGGACGGUGUUUCAGAGGAGGAUGAAUGGAAAGACAGACUUCUACAGAACCUGGAAUGAAUACAGAGCUGGCUUUGGAAACCUGAGUGAAGAGUUUUGGCUUGGAAAUGAACUUCUUCACAACCUGACCAGCAUCGGCCCUGUGAGUCUGAGAGUGGAUAUGAAAUCUGGAAAUGAAACAGCUUACGCUCAGUACUCCAACUUCUCUAUUGAUUCAGAGGGGAGGCACUAUAGUCUAACAGUGUCCGGCUACUCAGGCAUUGCAGGUGACUCUAUGAGGUAUCAUAACGGACGUCCAUUCUCAACCUGGGACAAAGAUGCUGAUCCUCUGGGGAUCCACUGUGCCAGGGCCUACAUGGGAGGCUGGUGGUACAAGAACUGCUACAAGACCAACCUCAAUGGUCUUCACGGCAUCAACAGCAAUAAUCAGGGAGUAGUGUGGAUAGACUGGAAAGGAAAAGACUCCUCCAUUCCGUUCACUGAGAUGAAGUUCCGACCAUCCCGGUUCUCUCCUGCAACUCAUGGCUAAGGAUUCACACCAAUCUCACAUCUGAUAAAUGUGAUACAUAAGUCCAGAGGAGAGUGGACGUCACAGUUGCUGCAUGUCCCUUUCAAAGAGAAAUUGCAGGGGUCUCGACAACUACAAUGACAGCUAUCACUACAUUUGAUUCAGUGUGUAUAAAUUAUACCUAAAGAGUGGAAAAUGAUUUGUAAUUGCAACUUUUGUAUAUGGUUCGCCUGUUCUGCCUGACCGGCUCAUUUCAACACAGGUUUGACUGUAAUGUCUUGCCAUGCCGUGGUACGCCACUCCACAACUACUGUAAUUAAUAUGCACUGUCUCACACCAUUGGAAUAAAUGUGGCUAUUGUGGGCCUGAAGGGUU